AUGGGUCGAAAUUAUCAGGGAGAACCCAAAUGCGUUCCUAUGGAUAUGCUUUGCAACGGUCAUCCGGAUUGUCCCGCUGGGGACGAUGAAUCCGACGGACCACGAACAAACUGCACAAAAAUCGACAGUUGUGAGAUAAACAAUGGUGGAUGUAGCCAGCUAUGCAGCAGCGUCAACGGUCAUGCCAAAUGUGACUGUGCCCCAGGCUAUCUGAGUCUUCCAGAUGCUCCACGGUCAUGUAUCGCCCGCGGCGAUAAGGCCAUAUUAUACACUACACAUGGUCAACUGUAUCAGCGCUUCUUAGGUAAAAAUAUCACUCGAGUUUUGCAGUUCGGAGUCGGGUCGUCCACUUCAAACGCCUCUGUGCUGAUUCCCACGGUUCAAUGGAGACUGGCAACAUCAUUUCCCGACUCCCCCGGUGAGCCUGCAGCGCAUGUCAAUGGACUGUGGAGCAGUUUAAGUGAUUUUGAUUACGCGUUCGAUCGGACCGCACUGACCAGAUUGUCUGAACCACUGAGUUUACUGUUUGUACAUGGAUCUGGAUUGUUCGACACGACCACCAUGCGCCACAAUAUGGUGUCAACACCUUCAGGCAGUUCAGUGCGUCGAAAACGUCAUCAGCCCCAGUAUCUUCAUCCUCUGGCUGUUCGCCCCCAGUUGGUUCCAAUCGGUGUACGAACUGAUUCGGAACACGAAAUUCAUCCGUUAGCACUGGCAUAUGAUUGGGUGCAUAAUCUGAUCUUCUGGACCAAUGGAACAUCAGGGACGAUUCAUGUUACGCAUCGGGCAUCUGGGUGGUCCAAACGACUAAUUCAACUCACGGAAGGAAGUCAACCCUUAGGUAUUGUAGUCGAUCCGAGAUUUGCUAGGCUGUAUUGGAUUACUCGUGGGCGCCAAUCCAUGAUUGAAAUGAUGGAUAUGGAUGGUCAGAACCGACAGACACUUGUCACCGAUCAAAUGCAGUCACCCUACAGUCUGACGCUGGACUACAUUCGGAAUGAGAUCUACUGGGCGGAUGGGUCUCGAGGCUCUGUGGACGCAUAUGACUUGGAUAGAGGAACUCGCCGGACUGUGAUACAGUCCGAUGACUAUUAUCCAGUCUGGGUUGCGGUGUUUGAGGAUUGGGUCUACUGGUCGGAUCGAAAACAGAAUGCUCUUUUCCGGGCAAACAAAAUGACCGGUGCGGAUCCAGAAUCCAUGUUUUCUAUCCCAGAUCCACUCAGUUUUCGUCUCCAGCACGAUCUACUACGUCCGGUUUGGGUCAAUCGAUGUACUCGACAUCGUUGUCAACAACUUUGUCUCCCAGUUCCAUUACGUUCUUAUCCCAACUACUCCGAUCCAUUUCGGUGCGCUUGUGCUGAAGGUUGGCAAGUGGAUCCUUCUGACCCGACCCGAUGUCGCAUCAUUGUCUCAACCAACGGAACCGAAACUAUCUCGGAAAUGGCCUUCAGUCCAAUCGAUCCGGAUACGUUCUGGGAUGAACGAGCCUCGUUUCUUCGUGAGUGGAUUGGACGUAGGAUGCGGGCAGCUACAACCGAGGCCGACCAGAUGACUUUUGUCAGCGGGUCGUUUAUCCCCAUUGCCAUUUUACUUGCUCUACUGGUUGCAUGCUUACUAGGCCUUGGCGCUUCUUAUGUGGCUUUCCGAAACUACCGAAAACACUUGAAUCGACAGCUGGGUGCCCAUCUAGCCGCAGCUGCUUCGAGUGAGGCCAAAUUGUUGCUCAAUGCCGGUCCGUUUAAUCAGUCCAUGGAUGAACCGCGACCGUGGGGAAACGAUUCCAGUCAAGACCCAAUCGAGCUCGAUCCGGAAGAGCGACCACGUGUUCAAUUUCAUGUGCAUUCGAGUGCUACCCUUUUAAAUCAGAAACCGGACACGGAAUGCUGA